UUUACCAUAAAGCGGUAAUGCAUACUCAUCCCCGGUCUACUGUAGUCCACGUUUACCAUGGCUCAAAAGCACAAACAAGACGAACAGAGCGACCUGUUCGACGGGUUCCGUAAGACUUUUAAAUCGUUCGCCACAGAGGCUAUUCACGUCGGUCAGGAGCCGGAGCAAUGGAAAUCAAUGGCUGUAGUGCCGCCGAUUUCUCUUUCUACCACGUUCAAGCAGCACGGACCAGGAAACCACGCCGGCUUUGAAUACAGCCGGAGUGGAAAUCCUACAAGAAACUGUCUAGAGAAGGCUGUGGCAGCUCUGGAUGGAGCAAAGUACUGCCUUGCUCUUGCCUCAGGCUUGGCAGCCACAGUCACCAUUACUCACAUGCUCAAAGCAGGGGAAGGGAUUGUCUGCAUGGAUGACGUGUAUGGCGGCACAAACCGCUACUUCCAAAGAAUUGCCACUGAAGUUGGUCUGGAGGUGUCUUUUGCUGACUGUACAAAACCAGAGCUGCUUAAGGCUGCACUGAAGCCCAACACUAAGCUGGUAUGGAUUGAGACACCCACCAACCCCACGAUGAAGGUUGUUGACAUCAAGGCCUGUUCUGAUUUGGUCCACGAGCACAACAAAGAUAUAGUGGUGGUUGUUGACAACACCUUCAUGUCUGCCUAUUUCCAGCGCCCCUUGGCUUUGGGAGCUGAUAUUUGCAUGUAUUCAGCCACCAAAUACAUGAAUGGUCACAGUGAUGUGGUAAUGGGUCUGGUUUCAGUGAACCGUGAUGAUCUGUAUGAGCGACUGAAGUUUCUGCAAAAUGCACUGGGUGGCGUACCAUCUCCCUUUGACUGCUUCCUGUGUAACCGUGGACUGAAGACGCUACACCUGCGGAUGGAGCGGCACUUCAGGAAUGCUAUGGCUGCUGCCAAGUUUCUCGAGGCUGAUCCCAGGGUGGAGCGUGUCAUCUUCCCAGGCCUGCCCUCUCACCCCCAGCACGAAGUGAUGAAGAGACAAUGCACCGGGUGUCCGGGGAUGAUCACCUUCUACAUUAAGGGGAAACUCGAGCACGCCACCACCUUCCUCAAAAGCCUGAAAAUAUUCGCGAUAGCUGAGAGUCUUGGUGGCUAUGAAAGUUUAGCAGAACAUCCGGCGAUUAUGACCCAUGCAUCGGUGCCAGAAAACGAGAGGAGCGUGCUGGGGAUCAGUGACACACUGAUCCGACUUUCUGUAGGACUGGAGGAUGAGGCAGACAUCAUUGAAGACCUGGAGCAGGCAUUGGCUGCUGCUCAUCCAAAGAAGAAAUGAAAUGUCUUCAGGGCAUCCUCGCGGCUGAGGUUAUAUCAGUCCAAGUCAGGAUGAAGACCGGAGGUACCUGAAGUCUUAAGUCAUCGCAGAUCAACACAUGGUACCUCAGUCCAGCGCACAAACAGCACCUAUCAGGGAACAAGCUGUUCUUUAAAAAAAAAAAAAAAAAAAAAAAUACUAUCUCGUAAUAAUUAACAGUUUUUAACUGAGAAUCUUUUUAAUGGUUAUUUUACUAGACCAUCAGCUGUAAUUUUAUUUAUCUUAUGCUGGUUUUGGUUGUUUUGAUGUUUGCAUGUGUUUUGUUUUAAUUUGAAAGGCUUUAAUGGGGUAAAGUCCUAUUCAGUCAAGACUGACACAGUAUGAGUUUUUGCAGAAAAACACCAAACACAAUAUUCUCUGUUUCAUCUUGCUAUAAAAACUGCUUCCUAAUUUUGAUGCACAGCCCAGCCUCCCAAAUGAAAAGUUUUAUAUCACUGUCCUUAGUACAUCUGCAGCUGUAAUGUGUACUAAUAAUUUCCCAUAUUUUCUAUUUCAAACUGGCGUAAGUUUGCUUUGUAAGACACGUAGAUGUAUUAAUGAAUUCUCAGCAGAAGUAACCACAUUCUGUCAAAGCUAAUGCCGUAAUCUACAGUCCAAAAGCCAGAAAUAUUUCUUGAUUUGAGCAGAUGCUGAUCUUAUUCCUAAGGUUUGGGACUAAUCAGGAUAUUUGCCAAUAAAUGAGCGAGUGUUUCGUAAGGACAAGCCUUAUUUAGAGCAGACUUUCCAAGCAAUGACAGUGUUGAAGUUUUUUUUCAUAGUGCUCAAGGUAACAACUUAAGGUUGUUAAAGGAGUGUUUCACAGAAUAAUAUUUGAAUGUUUGAAAAGCUUUGUGUGUGUGUUUGUGCAAAGAAAAUAAUUUUCUUUGGCCCUUCCUCCUUCUGUGCCCCUCCCAACCCCACCACAUUUCAUACCACUGCUCAUGUAUAUGCUUCAUUUGGGGCAGACUGCUAAUGAUCAAUGUAAUUUAUGUAACUGACAGAUCCAUUAAAAUUAGUUUGCA